AUGAAGUUCGUUGCUGUUGCCUGUCUGGCUACCAGCGUUGCGGCCGGUGUCGUCGACCCUGCUGCUGCUGUGGUUGAACGCGAUAUCAAUGCCAUCACUGAUGUCAUGACCAAAGUUGGCCAAGGGCUUGAAAAGCUCGAUGCUCAGGUCAAGGGAUUUACCACCGAUGCUAAACCAGUUCAGGAUGCUGCAACCGCAGUCAUUCAGACACUGCAGGAAGGGAAGCUUACUGUCGAUGCUCAGGCCGAUCUGACAUUGGGUGACGCUCUCGGCCUUCAGGACCCCGUCAAGGCUAUGAAAGCCAAGGGUGAGACUCUGCUCGCUGAUCUCAAGGCCAAGAAGAACGUAAUUCAGAAUGGCAACUAUUGUGCUCUCGUCCGCGAGCAGGUCAUAAAUAUCAACAUCGGCUCCAACGCCCUCAUUGCCGCCGUGGUCUCUAAGGUUCCUACCAUUGCCCAGCUCAUUGCCAAGAACCUCGCUGCCCCUCUCAUUAAGGUGUUGCAGGAAGCACAGGACGAGUUCAAUGAGAAGAACUGUAUUGAUAAGGGAACACCACCUCAAACAACCACCAAGGCCCAAACCACCGAAACUACGACCAAAGAGCCGCACACAACGACAUCUCAAGAGCCUUGCACCGAGACCGAGACUACCACCAACGCUCAUCAUACUACGACCGAGCCUCAACACAGUACCACCUCUGAAGAGCCUUGCACCGAGACUGGGACCACUGAGAAGCCUCACACCACGAGCAAGCACCAUCACACUACCACUUCCGAGGAGCCCUGCACUGAGACUGAGACGUCAACUCAGGGCCACCACACUACGACCGCUACUAGAGGCGCCACCACUAGCUCUGGUGCUGGCAUUACUUCUACUCCCUCCACCAAGACUGAAAACACGACGGCUCCCGGAAGCACUUCCACGGGCUCUGGUUCAGCUACUGUUUCCGCUCCUUCUACCAGGACGGCAACUACGACAGCGCAUGGAGGCACUACAACGUCACUCGCCAUGACCACCAGCACCGUUUACACUACCAGGACUUACACCAUUUCCAAAUGCCCUCCCGCCGUGACCAACUGCCCCGUUGGUCACACUACUACGGAAGUCAUCCCCGUGUACACCACAGUAUGCCCUGUUACGGAGACUGCUCAACCCCCUAAGCCUACAACUACUGGGGCUCCUAUUAUGACCACUAGCACCGUGUAUACCACCAAGACCUACACGAUUUCUGAAUGCCCUCCCACCGUGACCAACUGCCCUGUCGGUCACACUACCACCGAGGUCAUCCCCGUGUAUACCACUGUUUGCCCCGUUGAGGAAACACAAACACAGACUCUUGUGCCUACCAAGCCUACUGGCGGCCAGAACCCUCCUCCUCCUCCACCUCCACAGGAAACUACAUUCGUGACCAUUCCUGGGAAGCCCCAGCCCACAGGAAGCAACGGUGGAAACCCGCAACCUACAAGCGGUAAUGGCGAGAACCCUCCGCCAACCGGCGGUAAUGGAGGCAAACCUCAACCCACUGGUGGAAAUGGUGAGAAUCCUCAGCCUACGGGAGGCAACAGUCAAAACCCUAAGCCUACUGGCGGUAACGAGAACCCUAAGCCAACCGGUGGUAACGGGGGUCAUCCCCUGCCUACUGGCGGUAAUGGAGGCAACCCCCAGCCAACUGGUGGCAAUGGAAGCAACCCUCAGCCAACUGGUGGUAACGGGGGUAAUCCCCAGCCUACGGGCGGUAAUGGAGGCAACCCUCAGCCUUCCGGAGGCAGCGGCGGAAACCCUCAACCUAGUAACACCCCCGUCACUGCGGGUGCCGCUUUUGUUGGUCCUGCCACUGCCUUUGCCCUUGCAGUUGCUGCACUGGUUGUUGUGUAA